AUGCACAGAAGAAAAAAGGCCAAAAUACAAACGGAAGAAGAGGUUGUAACAGAUGAAAAAGACAGAGUAGCCGCUGAAAUGCCUGUUUCAAAGCUAUAUGAAGAAGACAGCAUCGUUGAGUGUACCACCAGUGUCAAUAGCUCGGAAGAUGUUGAAGACAGCGACGAUGAGCGUACCAUCGAUGAUAACGACUCUGAAGAAGUUGAAGACAACGACCUUGAAGAUAUAAUAAACAUCAGUGAUCCUGACAAAGUCUAUGAGAGCGACGGUUCCAGCAUCGCCAGCAUCAACAGAUUGAUGCAUGUCCAACAGAACAACAGCUUCAUGAAAUCUGUGUACAGAUACUACAGUUGUUUGGCACAAAAAAGGAACGUUGGAUCUUCACAAGUAGCUGCAAGCUCAUUGCUUGGUGAGACUGGUGUCUGCUCCGUGAUGGACAGGUUCACUUUGUCACUUUUAGACAAAUGGCGUCACGAAAAAAAACUUGGCAAAGACGACUCUCAAUACUUGAAGUUAACUAUGUCAAGAAUUCUUGAUACAAUUAAUAAGAGAAAUCCUGUAUUAAGUGAAAUCGGAGAAGAACUGCUCAGCAGUUUUGACGAACAAAUGAAUCUUCCUCCGUACGAAAUGCCUUCCACUGUAUCAGAUUUCAUCAAGAAGUUUAUCGAAAAAGCGAAAGAUUCAAGCCACAAAGAUCUUGUGAUUUUCGUAAAGCAAAUAACGUUGGAAGCAUGGUCAAAAAAUGACGAGGAACUUAAAAAAGUGACUGAAAUAUACGAUUAUUUAUUACUGCACAUUGAUGAGUUACAAAAACUCGACAAAACAUCUUCAGAAUUGCAAUGCUUUAUCCCAACCUACCACAUCUUGAACAUUAUAUUUCGAGAUACAGGCAUAAAGCUCGUCAUAGGAGAGAAGGGAUGCGAUGCGUCGAAGAAAGCAAGAGGCAUCAAUGAACGUUAUUUUGCAGCAAAAAAACAAGACAAUAUACGCGGCCGCAAGUUAGAUAUGAUGCUAGUAUAUAACGGUAUUGUUCUGUGCUCUGCGGAGUGGAAGUCAAUGACGGCGUCAAAACCUGUUGUUUUGAAACAAUAUGUAAAGAAUUUGCGUGUCAACAGCUCGAUUCUUCACAAUUUGAGAAGCUGCCUGAAUGAUGACAGCACUACGAUUUUAGGAAUAGAUUGGAAGGGACUAGUAGGCUAUGUGUAUAUUAUGAAGAAGUUAGGCGAUGUGGUAGUCGUCAAAGAGGAAUCUGGAGUAUUUGUUCCAUCAGACAUGUGUGAAUUUGAAGAUUUUACACAAUCAAUCGAAUCGCUGAUGAAGUUUAAGGCAUACUACGUUGGUCUAGCCAUGAAGAUCAAAGUCAAAGCAGCAAAAGAUCGUCGUCAACGGUUCCACGAUGACCACUUUAACAUCACCCCUACUACCAGCAGAAGCCCCUCUCCACAUACCUUUUUUACCCCGAAACGGCCCACCACUACCCACCGAUAUCAAGAGUAA